AUGUCGUUCACAACAACAGUCACUGCUGCACCUCCGCCCGGACAACCAGACAUUGUAUACGCCCCAAACUAUGAAAAAUACCAAGAAAGGACAGCCAAACGACUCAAAGAGGGCAACCUGCCUACGUCUGUACCAGAUGGAUUUCCCGCGCAACUAACAGGUGAUCUCGUCUGGGAGGGUGAUUCGGUCGGCAACACUUACGACUGGACGUACAAACUAUCUCCAGAACAGCUUGACGAGAUUGACCAAGCGCUGCAACAUUUCAAAGGUCUUGGUCUCCCACUUGGACAAAUCUCCGCAGAAACAUUCCCUCUACCAAACCUCCAUCCAGAGCUACGCAAGUUAUCCGAUGAGCUGCACAAGGGCCACGGAUUCUUCGUCAUCCGCGGGGUAGACGUGGACAGGUACACCCGCGAAGAGAACAUCAUCAUCUACGUUGGCGUCUCCGCACACAUCGCGGGGAAGAGGGGUCGUCAAGACAGUAAAUUCAACGGCAACCCCGCCGACGUCGUCCUCAGCCACGUCAAGGACCUCAGCUCCGGACAGCAGAACGGUGUGAUCGGCAGUCCGGCUUAUACCACCGACAGACAGGUCUUCCACACAGACACGGGCGAUAUCGUGUCGUUGUUUUGUCUGCAGACGGCGUCGGAGGGUGGUGCGAGUAGGAUUGCAAGCACGUGGCGUGUGUACAAUGAGCUGGCGAAGAACAGACCUGAUCUGAUCCAUACCCUAUCGCAGAACUGGGACGUUGAAAACUUCGCCAACUCAAGCAGCAAAAGAUAUACCACGCGACCACUUCUCUAUCACCAAAAAGCCACCGACUCACAACCCGAGCGAGUAGCCCUCCAAUAUGCCCGUCGCUACUUUGUUGGCUUCGGUGCACUUCCCCGAAGCCACGACAUCCCACCUAUCUCAGAAGCCCAAGCCGAAGCCCUCGACGCACUUCACUUCCUCGGUGAUCAACUGAGUGUUUCGACGAAUUUCGCAAAGGGCGAUAUGCAGUACAUCAACAACCUUGCUGUUUUCCACGCGCGGGACGGCUUUACUGACUCUCCGACGCGAAAGUAA